AUGACGGAAGUUUCAGAUAAUGCCAAGCUACUUCAUACGAAAAUGAGGGAAUCACCCGCGACAAAGGCAUUCACCCAACAAGAAGCAUCGAGUUUAGUCAAUGUCACAAAGGAAUCCGAUUUAAUGUUAUUGCUACAAGAGCUUCUCAAUGCAAAUUUAAUCAAAUUAAGUAAAACAGGUGAUGAAAUACGGUUCCAACCAGUCAGCAUCGAUGAUGCUAAAAAGUUGGGCAGUAUGACUGAUGAUGAGCGGAUGAUUUAUUCUUAUAUUGAAGCUAGUCAUCGUGAAGGUAUAUGGACCAAGACAUUGAAAGCAAAGACUAAUUUACAUCAACAUAUCGUUUCCAAGUGUUUAAAGAACUUGGAACAUGAGCGAUAUAUCAAGUCGAUCAAAUCGGUUAAACAUCCCACGAGAAAGAUUUACAUGUUGUAUCAUUUACAGCCGAGUAUUGACGUUACUGGUGGCCCCUGGUUUACUGAUUCAGAAUUAGACACAGAGUUUAUUGAUACGAUAGUGGAAGUUGUUUGGAGGUUUAUUGUCAACAAGACAUUCCCUCGAUUGGACCAACAACAACAAGAAGGAGAACAACUGACAUUGAACCCAUUACAAGUAUCGUAUCUUGCUUCGUUCCAAGGAGUUGAUCUAGACCAAAUCUUGGAGUUUAUAAAUAUUAGUGGUGUAAGUUCGGUAGAGUUGGAGUUGAACGAUAUACGAUCAUUAUGUGAUGUGUUGAAAUAUGAUGAUAAAGUCGAAGAAAUCGAUGGACAUUCUGGUUUAUUCAAAGCAACAAGACAAAGUUUGGUGGAGAAGGGAUUAAUGAAGAAUUUAGAAGAGUUGAAAGGUCAACUUCCUGAACCGACUAGACAAUAUCUUGUCAAGAAUAAAGAGUUUUCAAUCUUCGAUUUCAAGACCGAAGUCGAAGAUUUUCAAGAUGAGCAAGAUUUUGUGAAUCUAGAUAGUUUUGCCAAUGUAUAG